AUGGCUUCGCCUCGGCCCGGGGCGUCCCUCGCGACCGCCGACCGGCGCGGCGUGCACGCGCUGGAGCGUCUGGGCGAGGCGCUCGACGCGGCGCUCUCCACCGGAGUCGCCUUUGUCCUCUUGCUGUGGGCAAAGCGGAGCGUCUUCUAUGAAGUGCUGAUCCGAGUGGUGAGGCUCCUUCUCUUUGUCGCCCUGCUCAUCCCCGGGUGGAUCCCGGCGACGGCGCACUACCUCUACGGCGCCGGCGUCAGCCGCGGCGUGCGGUACGGCCCCUCCUCCCGCCACAAGCUCGACGUCUAUUCGCCGGUUGCCGCGGUGCACCCGCCUCCUCCGGACGGCUUUCCGACGGUGCUUUUUGUGUGCGGCGGCGCGUGGAUGAUUGGGUACCGCAUGUGGGCCUUCCUGUUUGGGUGGGUGCUGCAGCGCAACGGCGUGCUCUGCCUGGCGAUCGACUACCGCAACUGGCCCCAAGCGACCAUGCCGGAGAUGGUUGCCGACGUCGAGCGCGCGCUGCGCUGGGCGCAGGCCAACGCGGCGUCGCUGGGUGGCGACGCGUGCAUGGCGGAGCUGGACGCCAACGGCAUCGACCCGCGCAUCAUUUCUGCGAUGGCCGAGGGCGACGUGGCGGGCUGUUCCCCUCUGCAGCUGGCGCUGCGCGAGGCUGGCAAGUCGCACACGGAUCCGAUCCUCGAGGACCCCUUCUCGGGCGCAGACCCGCUGCUGCGCUCGCUCCUCGCGCUCGUCCGCGCCGGCUCCCUCCUCCCCGACACUGCGACGCCGCCCACGCCAGGCACUCUCGACGCAUGCGACGGGCUGGCCCCUUGCGGGAGGCGCACCCGCGCCUCUGCCGUCGGCGAGCCGCGGCUGCUGCCGCCGAUGGUGCCGAGGCCGCUCGUGCGGCUGGCGCGGUGGGCCAACCCCUUCUGA